AUGAAGGGAUCGGGCAGAGAACUGAACAAAGACCGGCCCCGUAAAGAUGCGAUCGCCCGUCAGGAAAAGUGGCUCGAUGAUCCCAAUCUUUUAAAGGUCAGAAAAGAACUUCCUAUCUGGGCUUACCGGUCCCAGAUUCAAACUGCAUUACGGCGCAAUAAUAUGCUCGUCAUUGUGGGAGAAACCGGCUCAGGAAAAAGUACCCAAACGCCCCAGUUUCUCUUUCGUGAGCCUUGGUGCCGCAAGCAGACCAAGACGGUCAAACUUGGAGAUGGUACACAACGGCAGGUCGAUGUGGGUGGCAUGAUUGCCGUAACUCAGCCUCGCCGGGUCGCAGCAACAACUCUCGCCCACCGUGUAUCUCAAGAAACUGGAUGCUCCCUAGAGAAGUCAGCUCAUGGGCUUGUCGGUUAUUCGGUCCGCUUUGAUCACAAUGUCCCGAAGGGAACAAAGAUCAAGUUCCUCACGGAGGGAAUGCUUCUUCAGGAACUCCUCCGUGACCCCUUCUUACGUCAGUAUAGCGCCAUAGUGGUUGACGAAAUUCACGAGAGAAGUAUCGAUGUUGACCUCUUGUCUGGGUUCCUCAAAAAAUCCAGCACAGCGACCUUGGUGGCCGCGGGGGUUCCUUUGAAGAUCGUCGUCAUGAGCGCUACGGCCCAUGUCGAGGGUAUCCAAGCCUUCUUCGCCCCGGUAUCAGCAGCUGGGGAAGGCGUAACGCCUGCUACAAACACUACCGAAGCCGUGUCGGUCGAAGUCCUUCACAUUGAAGGUAGACAAUAUCCCGUCAACAUCUUUCACUCACCAAAGCCGGUUCCUGAUCUGCAGGAUGGCCUCGUACGAGCCAUAUUCAAGCUCCACACCGAGGAGCCGCUUCCUGGUGAUAUUCUUGCAUUUCUCACUGGUCAAGAGGAGAUCGAAUCAGCUCAGCGGUUGAUCGAAGAUUAUGCGGCCACCUUGGCAUCGAACGUACCCAAAGUCAAGGUCUUGCCCCUAUUCGGCCAGCUUUCCAUAGAGGCGCAGCACGCUGCUUUUCAACCUGUGAAGGAGCCGUUCACGAGGAAAAUUGUUCUCGCAACUAACAUAGCUGAGACCUCCGUCACCGUUCCCGGUGUGCGCUAUGUUGUGGACUGCGGAAAGGCAAAAAUCAAACAAUUUCGCUCCCGUCUAGGAUUGGAGUCUCUUCUUGCAAAGCCGAUAUCUAGGUCAUCUGCGAUCCAAAGGUCCGGAAGAGCGGGUAGAGAGGGCCCAGGGAAAUGCAUUAGGUUAUAUACCCAGGAGGGUUAUGACUCCCUCGCAGAAAGAGAGCUCCCCGAGAUUUUGCGGAACGACGUGCUCGGAGCGAUUCUCACUAUGAAAGCGUGCGGAAUAAACGACGUUGAGGGCUUUCCCCUGAUGGACAGGCCUGAUAGCGACGCUAUUCUCAAGGCCCUGAGCCAUUUACACUCCCUUCGAGCUAUCACGGACAACGGAGAGAUUACCGAAACUGGCAGACGACUUGCACAGGAGGAUCAAGAGCAGGUUGAAGAGACUCGCAAGGAGCUUUACCGUCGGGAAGGAGAUAUCAUCACCUAUCUAAAUACCAUGCAACAAUACACUGCAGAACACGCCGACCGUGUGCAGUGGUGUAAGAAACGCCGCAUCAAUAUUCGUAACAUGCGCAUGGCAGUCAACAUUCGGAGGCAGCUGCGUGGCCUCUGUCUUAAAGAAAAGUUGUUGUCGGAGGCCCCGCCUCCAGAUCCUCAACCGUUCACUCCACUCCCGCCCGACCGAGCAGAGGGCCUGCUGAAGUGCUUCAUGAGAGGCUUCAUCUCGAAAACAGCAUUAUUACAUCCUGAUGGGAGCUAUGUCACGAUCCAAGGCAAGCAUACAAUCACCUUCUUGACUGAAUGGCAGCUGUACGCUCAAAAGAUUGAAGGGAAUUCGUGGAAGGGCGAGAGGCUGGAUGCUGGCUUGAUGGAUAAGAUGACAGAUGAACAAAUGCAGCAGCUUUACGAGCUGAUGCAGACGAUACGUGAGGGAAAGGGGGAUGAGGGUUCUGGUCAAAACUGA